AUGCCUGAUCUAACACCGCAAUUCCAAAAAUGUGUAGAUAUAGUUGAAUCAGAAGUAAAGUUCAGGCCCAAGAGUUUAAAAAAGGAAGAGGAAAAACCUUUGUACCUAAUAAAAGACACGUUUCUUAAGGAAUGUCUUGAAUUUUACCAAGUGCUAGCGAAUCUCAAUCAAUUUACAGUCAAAAUUAAAUCAGACUAUUUGGCUAUAACGGAUUCAACGUCGAGUUUAAGGACCAAGGACAAGAUAGAUGAGGAUUUCAGUUUCAAAGUACAACAAUGUUUCAAAAAACUCUCAAUGUUGGAGGAGUAUGAGACAAAACGUCAAAAUAUGGUUGAACAACAUCUACCCAAAAACAGAUGGUUUCCCUUUUCCAACAUUGACGACGAGCAACAUAUAUAUUUCACAACGUUAGCAAAACAUAGAAUGCAGAUUUUACGUUUCCUAAUGGAAAAUUUAAAUCAUGUAAAUAAGAAAUUCGAACUAAUGCAAAGAAAGCGCAUACUGCGUGAAAAGCAGUUGAACUUGUUGAAUUUUCAAAAUAUAGAUGAGGAUGAAGAUAUUAUGAUGGAUGAGAGUUUGAACAAGUCUGAUGUGUUUACCAACUUGGAUCAAAUUCAACAAAAAGUGGAACUUGAUGAAAAAGAAGAAGGAGAAGGAGAAGGAGUAGCAGCUGUGAAUGAUACAAUGACACAGCAACAGUUACAGGAAUUAGAAGUUGAGAAUAAGGAAUUACUAAAUUUGAAAUCUUCGCAAUUGAAGCAAGUCGACAAGAUUCAACAAUCCAUAAUGGACAUCAUAAACAUUCAAAAUGAAUUAAGUUUCAAAUUACAGGAACAAGGUAACCAAAUCAACAAUUUAAUGGACUCUCACUCUCAAGUCGAAAUGGAAGUUGCUGCUGGUAACAAGAACUUAAAUCAAGCAACUAGGAAAAAUAAAAGAGGAACGAAUUAUUUGGUAUCUAUUUGUAUAAUACUAGGGUGCCUUUUGGUGAUUAUAGAUUUCUUGAAAUUUAUAUGA